UCGGUGAGGAGGAAGUGUGCAGGCGAUUGUGCAAGCGAUUGUGGCUUUUUGCUCUACAGUUUAGCAAAGUUUGGCUCUGAUGCCACAGUAUCAUAAUUUUCUUUGUCAAAGAACAUUCGAGAGAAUACCGAACAUCAUGGUUACAAGGGCUGGUUUGAUGGGGAUACGAAGCCGACUCGCAGUACUUUUCUCGGUUGUGCUAUCUCUAUGUACCUCUUUUGGCCAGAUUGACCCCCUGGUCUAUGAUGAGCAGUUGCUGUGGGUGAGUGGCGGGGCGGGGCAGGUGAGCACUUACCGGAUCCCCCUGCUCUCCUUCACCACCAAGGGCAGUCUGCUGGCCUUCUCUGAGGCCCGGAAGAAGUCCGCCAGUGACGUGGGGGCCAAGUUCCUUGCCAUGCGACGCUCCACAGACAGAGGUGCCACGUGGUCUCCCACCACUUUCAUAGUGGACGAUGGCAUCCUGGCUGACGGGCUGAACCUUGGUUCAGUGGUGGUGGAUGAGGAGACUGGCUCUGUGCUGCUGAUCUACUCUCUGUGCUUCCACCAGUACCAGUGUGAUCCCGCCAGUAUAAUGCUGGUGGAGAGCAUGGACGACGGACUCAGCUGGACCCCACCAAGGAACCUCUCGGUCCAGCUGGGGGUCAAGAACUUCGUCCCUGGGCCCGGCUUUGGCAUUCAGAAGCGCUACCCUCCUGCUAAGGGGCGUCUGGUGGUGUGUGGACACGGCACCCUGGAGGGUGACGGGGUCUUCUGCAUUCUGAGUGACGACCACGGACGAAACUGGAAGAAUGGCGCCGCGCUGAAGAGCAUCCCCUACAACCAGCCCAAACAAGCCCUGGACUUCAACCCAGAUGAGUGCCAGCCUGUAGAGAUGGAGGACGGCAGCAUCGUCAUCAACGUGCGCAACCAGAACAACUACCACUGCCACUGCCGCAUGGUGGUGCGCAGCCUGGACGGGGGCGAGACUCUACCCAUGGAGCAACUGUUGUUUGACUCCACCCUGAUAGACCCUGUGGUAGCGGCAGGGGCACUGCAGAAGGAGGGCGUGAUGUACUUCACCAACCCAGCUGACAGUACUCAUAGGGUCAACCUAACCCUGCGCUGGUCUCUGACCAAUGGCACAUCGUGGGAGAAGAAGGCCGUCCAGAUCUGGGCGGGGCCAAGCGGCUACUCCUGCAUGACAUCACUUACGAACGGCGGCGCGGAGGACAGGAAGUUCAUCUUCGUCAUCUACGAGAAAGGCCACAAGGACUACUAUGAGACCAUCUCCUUUGCCAAGAUCCACCUCUACGGUGGACGGUAGUAGAGUAAGGCUGGGGGGGUGGGGACUAGGUAGAGUCUGCCUCUAACCACUGGUCCAUGGUCAGGGUCCGUAUUCGCAAAGCCUCUCGGAGUGCUGAACUAGGAUACAAUUAGCCUUUUAGAUCAUAAUGAAUUAAAUUAUAUAGACGGGGGGACCUGAUCCUAGAUCAGCACUCCUAUUCUGAGAUGCUUUUUGAAUAUGGGCCCAGAUAUCUUUAUCCACUUAAUAAUAGUUAUGGUUAGGAUGGUGGUUGGGGAAUUUUAUCUGUGGUUAGGGGCAGGUUCUACCUCCAGCUGGCAGGGAAAGGGAACAGGAAGAGGAUGUUGAACAUUCUUUCAGGAAGGAAGGAGGACACAUGGGACUUUGCAGCACCACUUUGUUUUGAUAGGUGGAGGGGGACAUGGAGAAAUACAAACUACUGCUGUUGUAUGGCACCAAGAAUGACAGUUUUGUGCCACUUUAUCCUAAGGUGGUCUUUUAAAUACACAAUGAUUGUAUUCAUUAGGGCAAAACGUAGCAAUAACCUUUUGCAACGGAAAACGAAAAUGAGCUUUUCUUAUUGGACAAGUUCAGGUAGUCCCUCCCUGUUUUAGUCUGUUUUCCUCCAUUUGGUGCCUAAUGUACAUUUAUUAGUAUGGCCCAAUCACAGGUGUCCCGUCCUUUACUGAAGCUAUGAUAGUCUGUAAUGAUUGGUGUUAUGUUGGUGUACGCUUCCUGUCUGAGGCUCCCAUAGCUGAGAGAGGAGGAAGUCUCCCACCCACCUCUUUUAUUUGAUGAUGUAGGGAAGGAAAAUGUUUGGGGUGGGGGUAUGCUUCUCCAAGCCAUACAAAUAUUGGGACAGACUUACUAAGUGUUUGCAACUAUGCUAUUUCCAUAGGGCAAAAAACUAUAUUUCCAUAGGGCAAAAAACUUGAACAAUGAGUAAAAAUACAGAUUUAGAGGAGGACUUUUUAACGCCUAGUAAAUCUAGCUCCCAGGCAUCCCAGCCCAUAACAGAAUGGUUUCACUUUCAGAAUGUCAAGGCAUUAUAAGUUUUCCUUUUUUGAAGGGAGAAUGGUUCUUGCCAACUUUUGGCAUGAGAGAAGUCUGUAUGAUGAGACAAUAGUUUGUGAGUGAAUGGACCCGUAAAUGAUUUACUUGUGUCAGAAUAGGACAUGCACAGUUUGAAUCCCUAUUUUAUUUUUUUAGGCAUGGAGCCAAGGAUCUGUAAUUUAAAUCCCCCUUGUUGUGCUAUCAGUUGAAAGUUUAAUUAUUAAUUGUGAUUGUGUCACAAAUCCCUCAACUCAGUACCUGGCACUCCCCUUGUUGGUGAAACAAUGCAACAAUUUACCUCAGAUUUCUAUAGCAUAUUUGAUCAGUCUCUUAUAGCUAGCACACUCCUCUCCACAGCAGUUGUAGUUAUUUCUCUCAGCUCACCUCGCUGAACCUAGCUGUGAAGCCGACAUACUGGUAUGCAAUAGAUUCCUUGUUUAGUGGUAAGACACUGGUAAAUACACUGCAUCUGGUCAAAUGCACACAAGGAUUUGAUUGGUAGUUAAUUGAAAAGGAUUUUGAUGAGAAAAUGUUGCCUUGUAUUGAAGAAUCUGGAUGCAUUGCCACUCAUUGAUGUUUCAAGUUUAAUUGCCAUAUAUUCUUCUCAUACUGUAAGACAAGAUAUCUUACAGUGUAUUAUCCUUCCUUUCCUGAAAGUGUGUAACUUUAAUAGAAUGGCUUCAAUCCAUUUUUUAAGCUAAGAUUUGUGAUUUUAACAUUUCAGAUACGUUUUUCUGAUCAAGAAAUUGAAUUCCAAUAUAAAUAGCGAUAAAGGGAGGUGUGAGUGAUGUGUGUCUGAGUAUAAAUAUGAUAUUCUGUAUGUACGUUUGGAUAUUGUACUGAUAUUUUUCAAAUUAGUGGAAAAGGAUCAGAGCUGGGCUGCCUGUGUAAAAGCAGCCAUUGAACUACAGUAUGAGGAAACGUACUGUUGUAAAAUCGUUCCUUUUUAAAAUCUUUACAUUUUAUUAAGCCUCUUGUAAUGUUUUGGGAUAUCCUCUGGUCUGUAGAUGAUGUACUGUAUUCUGUACUUUCCUGAAAAGAGUGGAAUGAAUAAAUGUUCAGAUUUUUUUUACAGUU